AAUUAAAUGAUAGUAUGUAUUAAGCCUACUUUCUUGGACAUAUGAAUGCAUUAAAAGCAAUUAAAAGUAGAAAGAAUCAAAAAAUACAAGAAUCAAAAGUUUUAGUCAAAUUAUGUAAUCAUUUUUAUCAAUAUAUAGCAUAAUCUAUGAAACUGUAUAAAUAAAGGGUAAAUCACUUUGAACAAAUACAAUAUAAAUAAUAAUUGGCAAUUUCUAAUCAAAAAAUUAAACAAACUAUUGAGAAAAUUCAUUAAAGUAGUCCUUCUAUUGAUAAAACAAGUGUUUCUUUACCAAGAUUAAAGAAAAGAAAUCAAGAGGGAGAUGAAAUCAAAAAAGAGAAUGCAAGAAUAAAAUUGAAACUUGAAAAUUUGAAGGGAAGUAUUAGUAAUAGAUAAUCUAAACAUGAGAAACCAAAACGAUAUGAAGAUGUAUUAUAAGAAUAUUUUAAAUAAAAAUUAUAACAAUAAUGAACAUCGUAUCUGAGGAAGACUCUUUUGUCACUUAACAUUAUGAAGAAAUAUAUAGAUAAAUAAGAGACAUGAAAUUAUGUGAAAGAUUGUGCAGGUAUUAAUCUAUAAAAAUCAGGUCUUAAAUCAAUUGA